GGGGUGCCAACAUGGCGAGGAGCAGACGAUGUAUUUGUAAUUUCAACUCAUUCGAAUUAUCGACAAUGUUUUGGUGUAUGUUGUUCCUGUUUGUUGCAGCAUUUCCCUCUUCCUCAGACGCAUGGGACCAAACAGACCUAGAACUGUUUGAUUUGGUAGAGGAAAUACAGCAAAGUUUCUACGAAGUUUUGGAGAUCGAUCAGAGUGCUGGUCAGUCAGACAUCCGUAGAGCUUACAGAAAACUCAGCCUUCAACUUCAUCCGGAUAAGAAUAAAGAAGAAGAUGCAGAAGAAAAAUUCAGGCAGUUAGUAGCAGUCGCAGAGGUUCUCAAAGAUGAAGAGAAGAGGAAAAAGUAUGAUGAGAUCCUUGAGCAUGGCCUACCGGAUUGGAGACAACCGGUGUUCUACUACAGAAGAGUACGCAAGAUGGGACUCCUUGAACUCGGCCUCUUACUCUCUGCUAUACUCAGUGUGGGCCAUUACCUUGUCAUUUGGUCAAUGUACUUUGAGAGGAAGCUGGAAAUAGAAUCCCUGAUCAAGCCAAAGAGAGAAAAGAAAGGCAAGAAGGCAAGCAAACAAGCCACCAACCAACCCACGACAGAAGAGAUCACCCAGGCUCUCUUACAGGACCCCAAUAUGAUUAAGAAGCCUAGCCUUGCCGAUAUCCUCCCCUGGAAGCUGAUCUGUCUGACCUUGGGCAUCGUCCAAGGCCUCCCUGGAGCCUACAGGAGCAUCCUGGAACAUUGGAGAGCAAGGAGGAAAGAAGAAGAGAUGGAGGAGGAGGAGGAUGGUGAAGAGGAGAGUAGCAGAAGGAAGGAGCAAGGCCCUAGGGAGAAGCAGAGAAUGGAUCCAGCGAUGUAUGAUUAUGAUCGGUCGGCCAGUGCCUCUGUGACGAUGAAGACUAGUGAGGAUGCAGCCAGGUCCAACGGUCUUGGACCGCAUGGGGAUGGUGACUCAGAUAGAACCAAAACAAGUUUUGAAUGGUCAGCCUCAGAGGUGUCGAGUCUAGUAAAAGCGAUGACUAAGUUUCCUGGUGGAACAACAGACAGGUGGACAAGGAUAGCGGAGGAAAUCAAGAAACCAGUUGAUGUGGUUACCAAGAAAGCUAAACAACUGAAAAGUCAAAAAUAUGCAACAAACAUUGAUGCUGCUGCACAAGGCAUCACUGGGGGUAUUCAACACAUGGUACCAAGCAAACGAACCGGUUUAGGAAUGACUGAUGACAUCAUCACCCAUUCGACCAAUCAGAUGGAUUUGGAUGAUAAUGAGCCUCAUGAAUAUUCAUCAGAGGCUGGAUUUAAAAAGAACAAAGCAGUUAAAGCUGUUAAAACGAAAGAUAGAACUCUUAUGAUCGCCAGUGAAGCACAUAGCAGCGACCAAAGAGGAAAUAAUACCGCCGUCAGUAAUAAAGUUUUACAAAAUAGAGAAGUGGAUGAGCUUGUUCAUUCUGGUGUGGAGAGUUGUGCAUGGACACAGCGACAGCAAAAGAUUUUAGAGAAAGCAAUGCAGGUUUACCCAAGAGGCUUAGACGAUAGAUGGGACAAGAUUGCAGAUAGUGUACCAGGCAAAUCAAAGGAGGAGUGUAUAAUUCGCUACAAGGAACUCGUUGAGGUGGUCAAAAGGAAAAAGCAGCAAACGACUCCAGCCCAAAGAUGAUGCCUUAGAAAUCACAUUUUUAUACAGCUUUGGAGGGUUUUUUUUCUCAUUUCCUUUUUGAUUUAUUUCUGUGAUAAAUAGAAUUUUGCAACUCACUUUUUUGGCCAUUUAUAAUGAUGAAAAAAGAGUUUAUCAUAUGAUUUAAUGCUACAUUAGUGUACCAAACAUUUCAGGGUCCUAUAUAAUAACUUGUUA